UAUUCUGUAAGCUCCCCUGAAGAACGCGUUCUGCAACUGUCCUGUCCUUGAUGCUGUGACAUCAAUACUAUAAAUACUCGACUUGCCCUCGUCGGAGGUCCAAUCAAACGGUCCGCAGCACUGCACUCUUGCGAUCGUCCGCUUUGCUGUCAACUAAGCUCGCAGCUUCGUACCCUAUCGCCAAGCACAAACAAAUCAAUGUCUCGGGAACUGCCUAGUGGCAAAUGGCAAUGGUACUUCGCCGACCAUGCCUUUCUGCCGAAGGACCACGUCAAGUUCCGCCAGGACAUCACCCGGUGGCUUCUUGCACGCCAGGGCAAGCCCGAAAUCGGCGCCGAUGGCCAACCGACGGAACUGACCGAGGUUCAACAGCGACUAAUCCGCGACGCCCUGACGCGUCGCCACCGAUUCCUCUGGGUGCAGGCCGAGUCCGCCCGGAUCUAUACGGAUGAGGAGCAGGCUGAGGCCCUCGCCACGGGGUCACCACUCCGGGCUCCCCCUCAGGCCAAUGCUGUUCUCGAGGCCGCCCUGCAACCCCCUGGCGAGGAGAUCCUUGAUCCCGUCACCGGCAAGUUUGAGUGUCCAUGUUGCUUCCGCACGCUCCCGCCUCGAUACCGGGAGCCGGAAGCGUGGUGGAAGCACGUCGAAAGCGACGUUGGUAGUGGGACUUUUCUGCUGGACCACUGCUUGAUGAAGCCGCGGCCGUUUGCCAUGGACCAGUUCUACGAGCAUGUUCGAGUGUAUCAUGACCCGGAGAAGUCGUGGACGCUGCGUGACAUUGACUCUCCGCGGCGGUUCCCCCUCGAUCCCUUUCCGGACCACUGUCCCAUCUGUAACUAUACUGAUGAGGAUAGGGAGCGGGUCGUGAGUCACAUCUGCAAGGAGCUCCGAUUCUUUGCGUUGAUGGCGCUGCCCUGGGCGACCGAACGGAUGUUGAUCGGCGAGCACGAGUGGCAGGAGGAGGUCGAUCGCUUGUGGCCUCCUCACUGCAAUGUGCUACCCUGUGGCGUUUGGUCCAACGACAAGGCCUGGGCCAAGCGGGCGGCGAAGAAGCAGACUCCCCAAGACAUUCAUGAUCUUAGUUUGGAGGAUCCAUGA